UGUCUCGCGCAGAGCGCGCACCGCAGUGAACCAAUACGCGCAACAAACGGCAAAACUUCGAAAACAAAAAGUUAGCAGGAAUUAUUAAAGUCACCCAGAAAAAAUAAUAAAAAAAAAACGAAAGAAUUUAUAGAAACAAAAAAAUAAAAAAGAAAUUGUGCUACAAACAACAAGAACAACAGCAAAAGCGGUGGUUCUGCAUCCUGCGCUUCAAAAUGCCCCAAACCAACUCCCACAAUGCCGCCGACAGCAUUGAGCAAAAGUUGCUCGGAAUUCUCGCUGCUCAAGAUCUGGGCGAUAUAACGCAGGAGCUAUGCGAUUUCUCACUCGAAGAACAGAAUGCCACAGCCGAGGCGCAGGGCAUACAACCAAGCGCCUCCGCAGAUUACAUACCUGUGCUAGGAAAAUCGGUGACAUACAUAGUCGCUAGCGUAUUGUUCAACGAGAGGGAUGAGGUGCUUAUGAUGCAAGAAGCUAAGCAAUCAUGCGCCGGCAAAUGGUAUCUACCAGCUGGGCGGAUGGAAAAGGGCGAGACCAUUUGCGAGGCUGCUGUGCGUGAGGUUUAUGAGGAAACUGGUCUAAAUGUGGAUAUCACAACUCUACUGGCCAUCGAAGUGGCGGGCGGCUCAUGGUUCCGUUUUGUGCUCACCGGUCGCGUCACAGGCGGUCAGUUGAAGACACCCGCUCAGGCGGAUAACGAGUCAUUGCAGGCGAAAUGGAUCGGCCGACUAUCUGAGUUGCCGUUACGCGCUAAUGACAUUAUAAAUUUAAUCGACAUUGGCCGCUCGUACAACGAACGCAACUCGUCACCGCAGGCGCCACCCUAUCACCCAGAUGUUUUGCCAACAAAGUACUCACAUCACAAAAAUUAUUUGCGUGUCGUCGCGGUGAUACGCAAACGUGCCACCAAUUCGUUGAAUGUGCUUGUUAGUGAAAAGAAUGUGCACCAUUUCCCCACGGUCGAGGUGCAUCCACAGCGCAGUCUUCACUCGACGCUACGCAAAUUUAUGAUCGAGCUAUUCGGCGCGGAGUUGCCACAACAUCGGCCACACGGCAUACUCAGUGUCGAACAUUGUCCCUCGCCAAUGCCAUACACGAGCGAUGGUAUUUGCCUGAAUGUGUUGGUAGUAUUUCGACCGCCUCUAGAGGAAGUGGCGCUUAUUGGCAAAUGUACGUGGCAUGAGUUGAGUCGUCCGCUCGAGGAGAAAUUGGGGCGCAUACUGUCGAGCAAACAUUCCACAAUCCCCUUGAAUGUCAUACGGUAAACAGGUGUGUUGGUGCACUUGGGGUUGCGUUUGGGGUCUGGAUUCGGGAAGUGCAAGAGAGCGGGAUUCAACAAAGAAUAAAAUAAAUAAUUAGGUGUAAUAUUUGCGCACAUAAUUAAAGUGAGCUAAAUUACAAACAAACGUGUUUAGUGGAAUCUACGGAGCUGCAGUGCUGCGCUACAACUUUUACUACUUAUUUGCAAUAAUAUUUAUUUUUUAAAUAUUUUGAUUUUAUAUACACCAAUCAUUGUUUAUUAAGUUGCUGUUAUACAAAUUUUUAUGUUAUAAAUAAAAAUUUCAUGUUAACUACCUA